GAGUAAAGGCAAAAAUAAACAAAGCGGCUAUUGUGAAAGAGCUGCUAUUUUACUACACAUACUACUAUGAGUACAGUGAGCAGCUGAUUAAAUAUCUGUACUAUCUAUUUGACCUGAAGGAACUGUACCUGUUUCUCGAGAUGAAUAACUUACCGAAGGAGAUACACCUACGAACGAAUACGAUAAAAAUCACGAGAAAAAAUUUACUCCAUAUUUUGAAAAGCCAAAAUAUAAGUGCAGAAGAAGGAGAAAAUUGGAACAACGUAGGGAUAGUAAUUAACGAUGCUAACUCAAAUGUAGGGUCAUUAAAUGAGUAUAUGUAUGGAUAUUACAUGAUCCAAUCAGCAUCCUCUUUAAUCCCUGUGUUGGAAUUAAAUGUACAGCCAAACGAGAUUAUAUUAGAUAUGUGUGCUGCCCCUGGAGGCAAAUGCACCUUCAUAUGUGCUCUCCAAAAAAAUAAAGGAUUCGUAUAUGCCAAUGAUGUAAAUAAAAUGAGAUGCAAAGCUAUUGAAGCUAAUGCAUCCAGAAUGGGAAUCCAUAAUUUAAUUGUUACCUCCUUUGAUGCUUUGAAGAUUGGAGAAAAAUGGAAUUUUCAAUUUGAUAAAAUUAUUUUAGAUGCUCCAUGUAGUGGUACAGGUGUUGUUAAUAAAAAUAAAGGAGCGAGGAGAAAGACUAUCAAAGAAAUCAGAGACCUUGCACAGAAGCAAAGGAAAUUACUUAACAAUGCCAUCAGUUUGGUGAAAAAUGGAGGUAUCGUCGUUUACUCCACUUGCAGCAUCACCGUGGAGGAAAACGAGCAAGUUAUUAAUUACAUUUUAAAAAAAAGAGAUGUGAAUGUCCUUCCGACUAAUAUCCAAAUUGGGGACCCAGGGAUCACUCACUACAGGAAGAAAGAAUUCUCAAGUAAGGUCUCCCUUUGUAGACGGAUUUACCUGCACAAGCACAAUUAUGACAACUUUUUUGUGGCCAAGCUGUGGAAGCGCUCGGACG